UGAAAAAAAAAAGAUUCUUAACCGAUUACAAUCAUUUACUAUUUUUUAUGUACCCACACACUUUAUUGAUCUCCUGAUUUAUAGACUUUGCAAGUCGUUGGAAUGGAAUAAGAUUUUAUUGAAAUAAAUAUCGACAAAGUGGCCCCCCUGGACAAACGUUUAAUCAUCAAAUUCAUGUAAUAAUGAUGAAAAAAAAAAUAUGUCGUUAAUGAGUCAUCGUCCCUUGACAUUUAAAAGGUCCCUUGACAUUUAAAGUGUGUUCUUUGGUGUCGGAUAAAAAAUAAAAAAGAAAGUAUUGCUUUAAUUUAGGUCUCCGGAAGCGCUUUCUCUGGUAGACUAGCUGACAAAGUGUAGUAUUGGGUGCGCGAGAGGGUCAUAGGGUCGAGGACUCUAGUAGAAGUGCGAGAGAGGCAAGAUGGGAGGGUCGACUAUUGCACGGUCAAUGUAGCCACGGGCUUUAUAUGUUACCUGCAAUUGAUAUGUAUGCGUGACUGUUGGAUAUAUGAACACCAACAGUCCACCACUAGUUUAGCCACAGUGUGAUUGACAUUACUAAGUAUGCCAUGGCCGACCGCUCACAACGUGCAGCUACGGAAUAAAUGCAGUACGCGGCCGGCUGCUGCGGCCCACGAUUGCCUAGUCUCACUCUAGCUACUAUUCCACGUAUAUUACUGAUCUCGACAGUCGUGUUAUACACUACAGACCGAACAUUUACUGCUCAUUGCCUUUAACAACUCUCGACAUCCACUCCAAGUCAAAAAACAAAUUUAUUCAUUUAUUUAUCAAAAACUUUUACUCUCGUUCGAAAAAAAAUAAAAAGCUGUAAAUGUCGCAGCUCACUUUCCUUUCUCAUUCGAAAGUGAAAUAGACCUGAAAUAAAGUCAAUGUAUUAACGAAUAAUCAGUUGGGAUUUAUUUUGAACAGUUGUCUAGAAUUAUUUUCUCGGUUCAAUCAGAGAGUAUGUCAGUGGUGAUGAUGACGAUGAUGUUGAUGAUAAUGACACGGUUUGUAUUGUCAAUGAGUGUAAUGUAGAUAUUUUUUAAGGGCAAUAGAGCGGAAAUGAUGAAUUUUUAGAUAACAAAAAAAAGAAUAGUUUAAAUAAGAAAGUAAGACACAAGGAGUAAGAAAGGAGAAGAGUGAAAGUUUUUGGGCGGCGUUGAGUUUUUGGCAUUGGGCACCUCUUUGAGAUUGGGGGGACAACGGUAUCGAGGUCACUGUUACCACCACUACUUACUCAUACACCUCGGGUAGUCAUUUAGACUUUAGUGAAGCUCAGAGAUCGCGUGGCCUGCAAGUAGUGUCCCAAAAACAUUCAGGCCCGCUCUCUUGAUAUCGUGACUUUCGCAAAUAAUCCAACACAGUUUAUAUGUUUAAUUUUCAAGCCUUUUUUGGGUAAUGGAGAACUUUAGUAGUGAUCAGUGCCAACUAUUUGUUCAUUUGUUACCUAGGACACAUAUUAUAAAUAAUACGAUAAUAAAUUUAUCUGUGUGAAUUUUUCGAAGAUGCUUUCGUCUCUCGCACCACUACCACAUCGUGUCCUCGAGUCGAUGGAGUUGGCUCGAGAAUUUAUUCGACCUCCAACUAUCUAAAUUGCAAUUGACGUUGUUUCGUGGAUAUUGGAAAAAAAUUGAGUACAACAAUUAAAAUAAUCGUAAAAAAGAAAAAAAAAGUCAAGAAAUAAUUAUUUAUUUGUAUUACAAUAAUAAUGAUGGUUAUUGUUAUUGUUGUUGGUUAAUGGAUAUAACGGUGUGAAAUGUGAUGGACUUGAGGAUGUAUUUAUAGCAGGAAACAAAUUUAUUUUACGAUUGUGAGAUAAAAAAUGUGCGCUAAAAUGAGUGUCCUUCAAGGCCGACAUUUGGGAAUUAUGACCCUUACGAGCAGCCCGUGUGAGCUAGACAACAUGAGCUUGUUUCAAGACCUCAAGUUGAAAAGGAGAAAGGUCGACUCUCGAUGUAGUAGUGACGACUCGCCUGUAUCGUUUGGAUCAGCAGGAUCACCGCUCGGGCUACAGCCAGCGGAUGCACCUUCACCAAUAACCUUUCCUGCUCCAGGGGAAAGCGUUGCGGAUACAUCGACCUCGUCACCAGACGUCAACAUGCCCAGCUCGCCGGGCUGUCCGGUGGUCAAAGUAAAGAGCGAGUUUCUUCGUGGAUCUCCAAGUCCUCGGAGCCCCAGCCAACGUGGUCCAAGUGGUGGAACAGGAUCUACCUAUCAUCAUCAAGAUGUCCGUGAGACAGCAUCACCAGAUUCGGUUUUCCCCGAGCCCGUGAUGAGUUCCACAAGGGUCAGCGAUGAAAGACGAUCCUUUACACCAACCCCAGCAUCACCGUGUGUUGAUACCAGCCAUGCGGUGUCUACAACCCCUCUAAGCCAACAAGAGCAACCGAGUAGCAGGUGCGAGACGCCAGAACGAGCCGAAUUAUCGUCUGGUCAAACGAAACUUGACUCGGAUAGCUCAGUCUUUGAUGGAGGUGGAGGCGGCAAUAGUGGAGGAGGUGAUAGAAGAGUUGAUGUGUCCAGCCAACCUAGUCCUUCCUCCCAGUAUAACAUCAGCCAAGCACCCAGUCCCAGUAGUAAUUCAUCCCACAGUUCUCAGCAGCAACCUCCAACUCCUCCCAGAUCGAGAGCACCAUCGGUACCAGCUCACAUUCUAGCCCACCAUCAAUUCUGGUCGCAAAAUUCUGGAGUUCAGGGGUUUUCUGCACAAAGAUUACUCAAUGGAGUCAUCAGCAGCGUUGGCUACGGACAAAAUGUGGGAAACCCUAGCAGUACAAGUAUUGCUGGUAAUGGUCCAGGACCUACUGGAAACAUGGGUAGCCAAGGUAAUGGAUCCAACAACACCACAUCAUCACCUGCAUCUGAUAUGAAGCCACCAGCACAACGAGUAACUCCUUCAGCCCCUCGACCUCCACCUACAGUGAUAAUGGGUGAGGUUGGUGGUGUCAGGACUAUGAUUUGGUCCGCACCAGCUAUGGAACCAGUUCCUCCGCCAGCGGCAUCAUGGACGACAACAGCGUCAUCAGCAUCCUGUUCUUCAUCAGAAGAAUCUGCAGCUCAGUUAUUGCUAAACCUUGGCCAAGAAUCCAGGGGGAAACCGCCCUGUGUUUCUUACUCCUCCGGACCACCGCUGAAUAUGGAAAGACUGUGGGCCGGUGAUUUGAGUCAACUUCCUGCAGCUCAACAGAUGCAGGCUCUUAACUUAACGGCAUCCGGCUCGAAUCAACCGUGGGUGAGAAAUGGCGCGGCAGUUAAAACAGAACCGGCGACGCAGUCAAUGCAAUCGCUUGCAACAUCGGCUGCUUCGUCAUUACCGUCCCAAGAACAUGAAGAAGAUGAAACACCUAUGAUUUGUAUGAUUUGCGAGGACAAGGCCACUGGGUUACAUUACGGCAUCAUCACGUGCGAGGGAUGUAAAGGAUUCUUCAAAAGAACUGUACAAAACAGGAGGGUCUACACGUGUGUUGCUGAAGGUGGUUGUGAAAUUACCAAAACACAGAGAAAUAGAUGUCAAUAUUGUCGAUUUAAAAAAUGCAUAGAACAGGGUAUGGUGCUUCAGGCUGUUCGAGAAGAUAGGAUGCCUGGCGGAAGGAAUUCCGGGGCUGUUUAUAAUCUCUACAAGGUGAAGUACAAGAAGCACAAAAAGACGAAUAAAUCGAGUAACGUAAGUGGAGGUAAUAAUCCAGCCGGAGGAGUGAACGGUUCGGGAUCGAUAGUCGGAAAUAAAAGUACAAAUGUUCCUACAACAAUGUUAGACAAACAUAUGGCAGCUGCGUCGAACAUGCUUGACAAGCAUAUGGCAGCUGCGGCAGCGGCUGUCGCUGCUGCUCAUCACAGUCAAGCGCAGCAACAGCAGCAGCAACAACACGCUCAGCUCGCCAGUUCUUUCUUGCAUCACCACAAGAUCUCAUCGGCUGAUCCACAUAACUCUCAACCGACACCAAGUCAUCCCAGUCAUACCUCGCAUACAGGACAUUUAGUUAACGGAACGAUACUCAAAACUGCGCUUACCAAUCCUUCCGAAGUGGUACAUUUACGCCAAAGGCUGGAUAACGCCGUGAGUAGUUCGAGGGAUCGGGCGUUCCCAUUGGACACCACCCUCGCAAUGAUUCAAACUCUUAUAGACUGCGACGAGUUCCAAGAUAUCGCAACAUUACGGAACUUGGAUGACCUGCUGGACCAUAAAUCAGACUUAAGUGAAAAGCUGUGUCAAAUAGGAGACAGCAUAGUUUACAAGUUGGUACAGUGGACCAAGAGAUUACCGUUUUACCUUGAACUCCCGGUUGAAGUUCAUACGAGGCUGCUUACACACAAGUGGCAUGAACUUCUGGUGCUAACGACAUCAGCUUAUCAAGCAAUGCACGGCCAACAAAAAUUCACCAAUGUUGGCUCGGAUGGCACAGGCGCUGAUUUUAUGCAAGAAGUUUCGAACAAUAUGUACACGCUACAAACGUGUCUAACGAGCAUGAUGGGACGAACCAUAACAAUGGACCAAUUGAGACAAGACGUGGGCCUCAUGGUGGAAAAAAUAACGUAUGUCACACUCAUGUUCCGACGAGUUAAAUUACGGAUGGAGGAAUAUGUUUGUCUAAAAGUUAUCACCAUGCUAUCACAAGCUCGAGGAAGUACGAUGGAGUUGGAGAAUAUACAAGACCGAUACAUGAGCUGUUUAAGGAGUUUUGUUGAACAUAGUGCACCACAACAACCUGGUCGUUUUCAUGAGCUCCUUUUACGAUUGCCCGAAGUGCAAUCAGCGGCAACACUACUUCUUGAGAGUAAAAUGUUUUACGUUCCUUUCUUAUUGAAUUCAGCAAUUCAAAGAUAGUAAAUAGAAGAAAUAGAUAUGUUGGAAAAAUCUAUUCGUAAUCGAAUAGAAUUAAACAAAGAAACGUAUAAAGUGACCCUUAAAUGGAGGGUAAAGACUUUGUGUAUAUACAUAUAUAUAUAUAUAUAUAAAUAUAUAUAAAAAUAUAUCUAUAAAUAUUAUAAAUAUUAAAGAAAAACAAUAUAAAUACAAGAAUCCGUUCGUUAAAGUUUUUCUAACGAAGAAAAAACAGUACGAAUAACAAAUAAAUAGAAACAAAUGAGGAACAAACUUAAAGAGAGUAAAGAGUAAAAUGCAGGGAUCUAAGGACGAAACUGAAAUAAUUAAAAAUGUUAGACGAAUCAUUGGAUAAAAAGUUAUAAAAAAUAAAUUGUAAAAAAAAAAAAAUUGAAAAUAACAAAGGCAAACUAAACAAUCGAAAAAAAUGAUGAACUGAACUUUUAUAUCGAGACUAAAAGACUAUAUUUCUGUAUUCAGUCGCGCAACUAUGUCAUUGUGUGUUCACAUUGCAUAAUCCAAUCGAUAUAACAAUAAGCAAAGACUCUCAUACGCCCAACGCAGGUCACUGCUUUGCCGCAACAAUUAAUCGACCGGCUAACCGACGUGAUCAACAUCACGCUUAAUAUACUUCUCCUUUAAUCAAUUACUCUUGAAUAAUUAAAUAAAUCAACAAAAGAUUUAUUUAUAAUUGUUAUUGUUAUUAUGAAACAAAAAAGUGAAAAGUGAACUCUGCAUUUCGACCAAUUUUUUGAUGCUUAAAUCAAUUUUUUAUUUCAUCUUAUAAUUUUGAAUGAUUUUUUAGAGUGAUAAUAUAAUUAUGAUAAACAAAAUUAUUUUAUAAUCAUGACUGAACAAAAGAAAAUAUUUUAAUACUUUUAAAAUCGCAUACAAUCGAUUGCAAGGCAUUUUUAAUUUUAAAUUAAAAUUGAGAUGUAAUUUAAAACUAUUUUGUGUAACUGGAACAAAAAAAAAAUUGUCAUUUAUAACAAAUAUAAAUGGAGAUAAAAAAAUUUUUGUAAAUGCAUAUAGAGCCUUAAAAAAUUAGAUUAUUAUCAUAAAUUCGAUUUUCUAAAGACUGCACGUCGGUACGUGAAAGUACUCAUAUAAAAAGAAAAUAUUUAAUUAUUUCCGAAGUGUGUACACACACUCGGCCUCCUCCGAUUGGCUCAAUAAAUUAAGGUAUGAGAUAUAUAAAAAAAUAUUAUAAAAAAAAAAAAAUUAAUAAUAAAAAUACAAAGUUCAAAGUACCAGUGGCUCAUGCUAGUUAAUGUUAUUCACGUUUCGGAAAACUGCUUCUCAUAUAUAAUAUACAUGCGCUAUUCAAACAAAUUAUUUUCAUUUCAAAUUUGUAAAUUCGUUUUAUCUUGCCUCUAUAGAGAUUAUUGAAAAUGUAAAUGAUUCUGUUUUUAUUAUUGUAUGCUGACGACUGUGUAAAACCAAAAAAAUUAUCUAAAAUUACAAUCAAUUCAA